AUCAAACACCAGAGUAGGGAUAUGUAUGUGUUGUUCACUCAAUGGGGACGUGUAGGAGAUGAUGGCCAGUGCCAGAAAACUCCUUUUCCUUUUUUAACAGAAGCAAUACAAGAAUUUCAGAAAAUCUUUCGUAGAAAAUCUGGCAAUAGUUGGGAUAAUGUGAAAAGCUUUACUCCACAAAAAAAGAAAUAUUGCCUUGUUGAGUUGGAGAAGCGUUGUCAUCAUCAAAAGAACAACAUCAAACCUAAUCUUAAAACUGAAACACCAAGCAAACUCCCAAAGCCACUCUACAAACUAAUGGAUAUACUGACAAAUGUUUCUUUACUUGAACAGUCUUCAAAGAGACUUAGAGCUUCUGAUAAAUGGCUUGGUUAUCUACCAGAGAAAGCUUUACAGAAGGCAGAAUCACUUUUACAAGAAAUCAGACAGCUUAUACAGGAGAAAAAUGAAUCUUCAGAUAUCUACAAUGCUCAAGAAUGUUCAGCAGAAAUUAUUGAAAAGAUAAUUAAGCUCAGUGAAGAGUACUACUUCACAGUUCCUGUCCAUGGAUUUGAAUAUGAAAAACUCUGCCCUCUGUAUGAUGUACAAUUACUAAGAAAUCAAAUGGAAUUGAUAAACAAUCUCCAGCACAUAGAACUAGCAAAAGAACUGUUUUUAGCUGCCCAACUUAGGAAAAAUGAAAUUAAUCCUAAGGAUUACAUCUAUCACUGCCUUGGAAGUAAGAUACAGCUAUUGGAGGAGGACAGUGUGGAGGCUCAGCUUAUUCUUCAGUACAUCCACAAUACAGAAAAUGAUAACAGAAGGGCAAAAAUUCAAGCAAUCUAUCAGAUUCAACGAGAAGUUAGUUCAGAAUUUUUCCAGAAAAACACCAGAAAACAUAUGCUGCUUUGGCAUGGGACCUCAGCAGAAAAUGUUCUCAGUAUUCUUACUCGUGGACUUAGAGUAGCCCCUCUUGGGGUGAGGUUAACGGGAAGUAUGUUUGGAAAGGGGAUUUAUUUUGCUGACAUGUUUCAGAAGAGUCAGGGCUAUUGCUAUCCAGGAAAUGAACAGACCAAAUUCAUGUUUUUAUGUGAGGUUUUCCUUGGGAAAGUACAUCAAACAGACAUGUCUUCCUCAGAUUCUUUCCCUGAACCAAGCAAGCACUGUUAUGAUACACUUCAUGCCUUAGGAACUUGGCACCCUAAUCCUGCUCAGUCAGUUUCUUGGCAAGGUCGAGAGAUUACUCUGGGUCCAAAGGAAGCAGAUAUUGACUUAAAGAAAAAAAUUAUCCAUCGUUCUCUGAAAUUUAAUGAGUACGUAGUGUUUGAACCUUCACAUGUGUGCAUCCGUUAUCUUGUACAGUUCCGUAUUUGAUUAAAUAUUACUUCAUGGUAGAGUCCAUUGUCACUACCAUCUGAUGAUGAUAUUUUAUUAAAACUCUUCAUGGUAUGAUUUAAAUGAUUGACUGUAUCACAUGAGAAAGUGUAGCAUGAUACAAUACAAUUAGCUUCCCACUUGUUUCACAAGUGAUAUUUUUCAUAGUUCAACAUAUGAGGAGGCUUUUGAAAAGCCUCAUAAUUCUACUCGGCUGAAUACUGAGGUCCACUGGUUUAAAUCUUUUCAUUUCUUCUCCCUCAAGAUCACUACAUAACUGUCAUUUAACUAUUUAGAUUUCAUUGCUUCAUCAUUUUAGCUAAAAUGGCCCUUUUCUUCACUUCCUUUAUGCCUAAGAAAGCAUCAGAAUCACUGCUCCUAUGCUAGUUGGUUCUUGAUCUUAUCCUUUCAACAUGCUCGGUUUCACUGUAAUAGCAAAUCCUCAUGAGUUAUGUUUAAUAUAACACUGAAGUUAAUUUAUAUAUGGAUAUGUUUCAUAAAAUUAGCUUACCUGUUGUUCUAAUAAAGAAAUUUGUAAAAAAUAAUUUUCUUUCAAAUGAUAUAAAAUUUAGUUCUUGAUUGUUGUAUUUCUUGUUGUUACAAAUGAUAUUUUAUUUGUUGGAAAUGUCUGCCUAAAGAAACAUCUUAAGUAAUACUUGUGCUUAAGAUCACAUGUGAAAAGUAACAAAACAGUUGAUUAAAUUUAACAAUAGUUAAACCCCAGAGGAUAGAAACCAUUUUAAUUGAAGUUGUUAAACCUGCCCAUUAAAACCACAAAAAUUGUCUGCUAGUAAUAAUUAUUAUAUGACUUGGGGAUAAGUAACUGAAUGCUGAAUUUUCUGCAAAAUUAUAUUAAUGUACAAAAUGUGGUAGGAGAAAUCUGAUUUAUGAAAAAUGGGGAUAAGUUUAUGAGCUCUGUCCACGGUAUCUUGCAAUUUGGAACAAAUUCUAUUGUUUUUAAAUAAGCUGAGAGUAGUAAACAUUGUAACAUAAUUUAUUUGGAAUCUUUGUAUUUGGAAAUGGAAGGUUUAUAACCGUCAAUAUAUAAUUGUUUGUAUUAUUCUGGCUUUGAACUUGAAUGUUUGUUUAAUGAUUCUGAUAUGUAAAUUCAAGUAAUGUGCUUUGGUUUUAGUGAAAGACCCUUUCUCAGAAUUCUGCUGGAGAAAUGUGUGUUUGGCUAUGUCAAGAAAACUGAUAUGCAAAGUUUUGUUGUAGUCUUUCACAUUAAGAUUGAUUAUGUAUGAAAAUUCAACUUUGAAUAAAUAUAAAUCUUCAAUUUGGGAUUGAA